GGCGUUCGCAUUGCGCACUUCUUCAGGUAGCUAACAAAUACCAAUGGCUUCCACUUUUUCCAUUCCCUACUCAAUUCCUCCAACCACAUCUCUCUAGUUUUCAUACAUGCCUCUCACCCAACCCUUCGCAAACCUAUCGAUCCGUCUCGCCGGAGAAAAUGGAGGAUUCCGGUAGCUCUGCCGCCGGCGGUUUUUUCACUCAUAAAACCCCAAUUCUCGGACAGAAGCUCUUCAUCAUCAUCAUCAUCGCCACCGUCGUGCUCGUGCUCGCUGCUUUUGCUCUAAUUCUCCUGUUCCUCCGCAGCCGGAGCUCGAAGCGACGCCGCAUUGGCGUGAAUCAGAGCUCCGGACUUCUGCCGCUGGUUUUCACUAAGAGCGGAGAUGAGACGGAGGCGGAUCAGACACAGUCAAAGAGUGAGAUGAAGAAGGUGUUUGUGAUUGGGGGUCUGAAUGCGGAGUCGGAGAGCAAGGAGUCCAGCACGAUGCAGAGCGAGUCCUCGUCGGCAAUGUCGGCGUCGACCGACGGUUUGGGGAGCUCUGGGUGGGGGCGGUGGUAUAGCAUGAGAGAGCUGCAAAUUUCGACGAAUCAUUUUUCGAGUCAGAAUGUGAUUGGAGAAGGUGGUUAUGGAAUUGUUUAUCGUGGGGUAUUGCAGGAUGGUUCCGUGGUUGCUGUCAAAAAUCUUCUUAACAACAAGGGUCAGGCGGAGAAGGAGUUGAAGGUGGAGGUCGAAGCAAUUGGCAAAGUAAAACACAAGAACCUUGUGAGUCUCUUAGGUUAUUGUGCUGAAGGAACUCAAAGGUUGCUGGUCUAUGAGUACGUUGACAAUGGCAACUUGGAGCAGUGGUUACAUGGCGAUGUGGGGCCAGUUAGUCCGUUGACAUGGGAUAUUCGCAUGAAAAUUGCCAUUGGGACAGCCAGGGGACUAGCAUACUUACAUGAAGGAUUAGAACCCAAAGUUGUCCAUCGUGAUGUGAAAUCCAGUAACAUACUUCUAGACAGGAAAUGGAACCCGAAAGUGUCAGACUUUGGACUUGCCAAGUUAUUGGGACCCGAGAAAAGCCACGUGACUACACGAGUGAUGGGAACAUUCGGAUAUGUCUCCCCUGACUAUGCAAGUACUGGUAUGCUCAAUGAGGGGAACGACGUAUACAGCUUUGGAGUUUUACUCAUGGAAAUAAUAACCGGAAGGAGCCCAGUAGACUAUUCCAAACCACCAGGAGAGAUGAACUUGGUGGAUUGGUUUAAAGGGAUGGUAGCAACUCGGCGUGAUAAAGAGAUUACAGACCCACUGAUGGAUGCUGCUCCUCCCCCGAGAGCUCUCAAGAGAAUAUUCAUACUUUGCCUCCGAUGUAUAGACUUGAAUGCCAACAAACGUCCUAAGAUGGGUCAGAUUGUUCACAUGCUUGAGGCCGAUGAAUUUCCUUUUCGCGUGGAACCUCGUCCAGUUCGUGAUACAGAAACUCUGCAUGCCCGAGUAUCUAUCAGCAAUAGAGCUCAAUUAGCCAACUAGGCAGAAGUGAUAAAUGAUGAUGAAGGAAGAGUAAGGCGCCCUCCUCGGCGCCGUGCAGGACGGCGGUCGGGAGGGGCUCUAUUGGGACCGCCGAGCUGAGGAGGCCGAGAGCACGGGCGUCAGUUUUUUUUUUCAACUUUAUAAAUACGGUGAAUCACAAUAUCCCUCGUGCGGGACAUAGUUCCCCAGCGGGAGUUAUGGGGGAAACGCCGGCGGAUGGGGCAUAGCUGUUCCACUAUUGUGGACACCCUAACAACAAGAAACAAACAAAACUGAAAAAGGAUAUUCAAUACUGUCAACAUAACAGAAUUUUCCAUAUUAUGGAAAGAGCACAACUAAAUCUUCUAUAUUUGGCCA